AUGGCAGUUUUCAAAAUGAGUUUCAUGACUCUGGCUUUCUUCAUAGGGGCCGGAAUCUUAUUUUCCCUUAACAAUGUUGAUUCCGACCAAGUUUGCAAAGGAGACUUUGGGAGUCUGGUAGAACAAUGCUUGCAAUAUGUUCAAAAGCCCGGUCCGAAAACUCCACCCUCUGAGGGAUGCUGCAACGCUAUCAACACAGUGGACAUUCCAUGCGUCUGCCAGCACCUGCCUCCAGUCGUCGGCGACAUUGUCAGCCUGGAGAAAGUAGCUUUUGUCUUGCGAGCCUGUGGCAAACCUCUUGAGCCUGGAACCAAAUGUGGAAAUUACACCGUGCCACCAGCAGUUUGA